AUGUCAAACAUCCAAUUCAUUACCAAGGAUACCUAUAAAGAUAUCCGUGAACAAUUUAUCAAAUGUUUUUAUGAUACCCAAUCUGAACUUACUAUAGAACAACAGUAUUAUGAGUAUGACAAUAACAAGAGUGACAAAUACAAAGACAAUAUCGAAAAACUACAAGAAAUUAUCGACGAAUAUAAACAUGUUUCUAACGAUAGAACAUUUCUGUUUAUGUUUGAAAUUAUUGAUAAUUUUUUCACGUUAUUCGGAAACCUGUUCUACGAAACACAGGAGACCAAGUAUAUUCAAACAUUAAAUUUUCUUGAGAAUUUGUUUGCAUCUGACGAAAAUGAUCCCAACAAGCAGUACAUGAAAGAAGAUCCCAAAGAAUUCGAAACUGAAAUUAAAUUUGUUAAAGAAACGUUUGAAUGGAUAGUUAAAAAUACAUACAUGU